AUGGGACCUCAACCCCGGUCAGCGCGCGACAUAUCAAAUGUUUAUGCCUACCUCUUAUCAGAGAGUUCAUUGUUCUUACGGACCCCGGAAAGUCCAGAGAAUGACCCAAGGUCGUACUAUGUACCUGAAGCAGACUACCAUGCUUUUCAGACUCGCAUCCUUGCCAUUGAAGCUCGCAUUCUUUACACUCUCUCUUUCGACACACACGUCUCGCUGCCUCAUCCACUUGCGGUUACUUACCUUCAGACCCUCGAUUUUCUGGCGCAGCCUAAAUCGAUCAUUUCUCUACGCACCAUUCAAUAUCUGAAUGCAGCUCUUCUCUCACCUCAAAUGCUGUAUCUUACUCACCAGCCCCACGCGCUAGCUACUGCUGCUAUAUACAACGCGGCUCGUGAUGUUGGUGCGAAGAUGCCAGAGUGUGAAUGGUGGGAGGUCUUCGAUGUCGACCGAGAAGAGCUAGGGUUCCUUGUUGUCGGCAUGCGAAGCGUGGAAAACUACCUUCGCAAGAUCAAAGAAGAUAUGCCGGAUCUAAGCGUGGGCAUGCCUACACGAAAGUUGAUAGAUAUCGAGCUGCAGAGGAGGGGCGUAGGAGGCGGGAACGAUACUGCCGAGGUUGAUGAAGAGCAACAACUCAUGGACAUGAUGGACAGCAGAUGA